UAUGUAGAAUUAACCUUAGGCAGUUAACUGUCUCUACUAUUUUUUUAGAGAAUAGGUAGUACCUGUUGUACACUUGUACCAGUAUGCUGUUUGAUCAAUGUCAUUGAGUUGUGCGAUUUUUAUUUUUAUUUUCUGUUCAUUAUUAAAUUCUACAACAUGUUUGUUUUUUAUGUCUUCAAUGCUUUUGAAAUACUAUGAUCACAUAAAAAUUAAUCAUGUUUACUGCUUUUGGUUGUACUGAUACAACAUUUAUUUUAAAUUUUUAUUAUCAAUGUAUGUGUCCAGUGGUUAACAUAAAUAUUAAGAAAUCUGAACGAAUAUGUAGAAAACAAAAACCCAAAACAGUUCCAAUAAGCAUCAAAAUGAAAUUAAAGGAAAAUAUUGUUCCAGCUGGUUGGGAAAGUGAUGAGUAUGACGAAUUUGGUGAUAUUAUUCAAUACCCAUCAUAUCACGUAAAACCAGAAGAAGAAGACUUUCAAUUAACAUUGAAAAACGCUUGUGCAACAAAUAAUGUAUCAGAAAUCACCCGUGCUUUAAACUCUGAAACUGUUAAUACUAACAGUUAUUUGAAUGACGGUUGGACACCUUUGAUGCAUGCAGCAUUUAACGGAUCUUUAGAUGCUGUAAGAUAUCUUUUAGAGAAUGGUGCUGAUCCAUUAAUAAUGUAUGACUGUCAUAAUGUUAUAAUGUGUGUAUGUAAUUGUAGUAGAUUUACUAAUGAAUUGGACUUAUUAAAUUGUCUAAAGCUUUUAGCAAAUUUUAGUUCUAUUGACAUAAAUUCUAAAGAUAGAUUAGGAUCAACAGCACUCAUGUAUGCAUGCUCCAAUGGUUGGUUGAAAUUAGUAGAGUUUCUAGUCGACCAUGGUGCAGAUAUAGAGUUGAAAGAUCAUCAGGCUGGAGAGACAGCUCUAUUUUAUGCAGUUCGUUCCAACCAUGUUAAUAUUGUAGAAUUUUUAUUAUCAAAAGGAGCUGACAGAGAAGCCACUGAUAAUAAAUGUCAAACAGUGUAUAGAAUAGCUGAAAAUAAAAACAUGGUUGAUAUUUUAAAUUUAUUGAAUAUCAAUUAUAAAAAUGCACAACUAGAAGUUUAUUAUUUAGGAGAAGAACAUCCUUACUGGGAUGAAGUUAUGACUGAAUUAGAAAAUGGUUUUAGUAAAGAUAUUAAAUCAUUUUUAGAAGUAUUAUCAAUGGAUAUCUAUGCAGACAGUCUAAUUUCCAAUAAUGUAACUUUUAAAAAAUUACUUACUGGAAAUAAUGAUCAAUUUAUUAAUAUGGGAAUUACUUUAUCACCACAUCGUAAACUUUUGGCUAUUGCGCUUAAAUGUUUUCAUACAUGGAAUUGGUCUAAUUAUUCUUUAGAUGUUAAAAAGAAAGAUAUGGAUGCUGAAAAAAUUGCCCAGACAUUAGGGAUAGUAGUAAGACAAUUGCAUAUAUUGGAUGCUUCAAUAAAGUACUUAGGAAUUCAUAGUUAUGGUUUAGAUCAACAGAAAGGUCAAGAAGCCAUUAAUCAUUUGAAAAAAAUCAGAGUUUUGGAAGAUAAAAUAUUUACAUUAUUGGAUCAAGAAGAAAGAAUAGGUCAAGUGGAUUACACAGGACGUAAAAAAAGAAAUCGAAAUAUGAAAAUGAAAACUGAUAAGUUGUUUGCUAGUGUAGCUGUUAUUUUAGUAUUAUUUCGCAUAUUUUAAAUUUAUUUUUAAACUUUGUGCUUGAAGAACUGUAAAAUGUUGUCGAUAUUGUAAAUGUUAUUAAUUGUAAAACUUAGUCAUUUUUGUAUUUUUCAACUAAUAAUAUAUUAAAUAUAAUUAUGUAUUUUA